GCUGGUCUAGGCAUCGGUGGUAUGGACCUGUGUGUAACCAUCAAAGGCGUCUCCUUCCUCUUGCAAACAGGUAUGGGCAUCUUGGGGAACGCCGUGGUUCUGCUGGCUUACGCCCACAUCAUCUUCACCGAGCCCAAGCUGCUUCCUGUGGACAUGAUCCUGUGCCACCUGGCCUUCGCCAACCUCAUGCUCUUGCUGACCCGCUGCGUCCCCCAGACCAUGACCGUGUUUGGCCUCACAAACCUGCUCAACGACGCGGGCUGCAAGGUGGUCAUUUACGGGUAUCGUAUCGGUCGGGCGUUGUCAGUGUGCAUCACAUGCAUGCUGAGUGUGUUCCAGGCGGUCACCAUCGCCCCCGCCGGGCCCCGCUUGUCCAGACUGAAGCCAGCGCUUCCUUCUUUGGUCGUCCCCACCUUUGCUGGACUCUGGUUGCUCAACAUGGCCAUAUGCAUCGCAGCACCUUUCUUCUCCAUGGCUCCAAGGAAUGGCACCGUUCCGGCCUUCACGCUCAACUUGGGCUUUUGUCAUGUGGACUUCAGGGACAACUUGUCCUAUGUCAUCAAUGGGGUCGCUGUCUCCGGAAGGGAUUUUGCAUUUGUGGCGCUAAUGGUAGCCUCAAGUGGUUACAUACUACUUCUUCUCCAUCACCACAGUCGCCAAGUGAGAGCGAUCCGUCGCUCCCAAGGUGGCGGAGUGGAGACCAGAGCAGCCAAGACUGUGGUUACUUUAGUGGUCCUGUAUGUCUUAUUCUUUGGCAUCGAUAACAUAAUCUGGAUCUACAUGCUGACUGAAUCCAAGGUGUCCCCUGUGGUGGCUGACAUGAGAGUGUUCUUCUCCUCCUGCUAUGCUUCCCUCAGCCCAUACUUCAUUAUCUCUUCCAACAAGAAGGUCAAGGCCAAAAUCCUGUGUGCGGUCGAGCAAGACCAACCAGCAUCAACGGACACUCAGGAGUCACAUGAUAAAUGA